GGGACGCGAGGCGGGGCCGCGCGGCGGAGUUUAUAAUGCCCCUCCGACGGGGCAUCAUCGAGUGGGAGCGAGCGAGCAGCCUGCUGACAGUCCGCCGCGAUGGGAGGCAAGAAAGUUUGCAUCGUGGGCUCCGGCAACUGGGGUUCAGCUAUUGCCAAGAUUGUGGGUGGCAAUGCAGCCAAGCUGGACAAGUUUGACACCACAGUAAACAUGUGGGUGUUUGAGGAGGAAAUUGGUGGCAAGAAACUCACUGAGAUCAUCAACACACAGCAUGAGAACGUCAAGUACUUGCCAGGCCACAAGCUGCCCCCCAAUGUGGUGGCAGUGCCAGAUGUGGUGAAGGCUUCAGCUGAUGCAGACAUCCUUAUAUUUGUCGUGCCGCAUCAAUUUAUUGGGAAGCUCUGUGACCAACUGAAAGGCCGUAUCAAGAAGGACGCGAUUGGGGUCUCGCUCAUCAAGGGUGUGGAUGAAGGACCCGACGGUCUGAAGCUGAUAUCGGACAUCAUCCGCGAGCAGCUUGGCAUCGGAAUGAGUGUGCUUAUGGGGGCCAACAUCGCCAACGAAGUGGCCGACGAGAAGUUCUGCGAGACCACCAUUGGCUGCAAGAACAUGGAGCAUGGACAUAUUCUGAAGGAGCUGAUGCAGACACCCUGUUUCCGAAUCACUGUGGUGCAAGAAUCGGACACCGUAGAAAUCUGUGGUGCCCUCAAGAACAUUGUGGCUGUCGGGGCUGGUUUUUGCGACGGGUUGGGCUUUGGAGACAACACCAAGGCAGCAGUAAUUCGCCUGGGCCUGAUGGAGAUGAUCGACUUCGCCAAAAUCUUCUGCAAGGGCUCCGUCAGUUCUGCCACUUUCCUGGAGAGCUGUGGGGUUGCCGACCUCAUCACCACCUGCUACGGGGGCCGUAACCGAAAAGUGGCAGAGGCUUUUGCCAAGACCGGCAAGUCUAUCGAGCAACUAGAGAAGGAGAUGCUCAAUGGGCAGAAGCUGCAGGGCCCUCAGACAUCAGCAGAGUUGAACCACAUCCUCAAGAACAAGAACCUGGUUGACAAAUUCCCACUUUUCACUGCUGUCUAUGAGAUCUGCUACACUGGCAAACCUGUCUCCGACUUCAUCAAGUGCCUGCAAAACCAUCCUCAGCACUUUUGAUGGGCUUCCAGUCUCGCUCCUGCAAAGGAAGGGGUUUGGGAGGACUUCCUGUUUCCCCACUGCCAUCCCAACACGAGAAGAGGGACCCAACACAGAGCAUGGGGCAAACAAGGCAGGACUCAUCCAAAGAAUCGUAGAAUAGUGGAGUUGGAAGGGGACACCAAGAGUCGUCUAACCCCAAGCAAGGCAGGAAACACAGCUAAAUAAUCCCAGGCAGAUGGCCGUCCAACCUCUGUUUAGAAACCUCCAGUGAAGGAUACUUCCCCACCUCCCAGGGUGGUCCGUCCCACUGUCAAACAGCUCUAACCACCAUGGAGGUACUGGAUCAACUCUUUUGCCAGGGAGUUUCUGCAAUUUACCAAUCUCACCUUAAAUGGACAAAAGUUGCCUAUGUUGAUUCAGUCUCUUGUUUUUGCCCACUUCUCGACACACACAGCAGGCAAAGCUCUGGCUUUUAUUUUUUCUCUUGAGCAGAGAGAGAAAGAGAGAAUUUCUUCUGCCUCUUCUCUGUCACAUUUCUCUGACUUUGACUUCUCUGGGCUGUGGUUUUGCCUCCCUUAAGAGCUUGUUUAAAGUCAGUAAUUGGGAGAGGGGACAGGAAGCAAAUUCCGAUUACAGGCAACCCACCAUUUAUGCACAUUCAAUAUGUGUGCAGCUGUGUACAUGCAUUGCUUCAAACCCAAAGUUACCCGAAAAACAUCACGAAAAGGGGAGGAACAGGGUGUCUGCAGGCUUUUUCAAUGGCGUUUCAAAUAUACGCAAUUUCACUUAAAUGCACAGUGCCUCGGAACAUAACCCCUGCGUAAAUGGGGGGUUGCCUGUAUUAUUAUUAUUUACUCCAUGCCUGGAACGCAAGGAACCCCAGGCAUGAUUUAAAACUAGCUGCUACGGUUCUCUCUCCGGACAAGGCUUGACCUUAGCAUCCCUGGUAUCCAUGGGAAUGGGAACUGUAGCCCUGAAUGUGAAUAUUUGUCUUUUUGAAAAACUAAUAUUAAAGUGAGAAACAAGAAAUACAGAUUAAUUAAAGUGAGAAACAAGAAAUACAGAUUAGUUGUUUCUCAUUCUUCAAAGACCUGGCUGAACUUCACAGCAUGCAAUGGAAGUGGGGAUAUCAUAGAAACAUAGAACUCUAAAGUUGGAAGGGACCACAAGGGUUGUCCAACCCCCCUGCAAUGCAGGAAUCCUUUUUGCCCAACGUCUACUGACCGAGCUAUCCUGCCAGCACAAAGGUACGGAUGAUUAUGAGAACAGAAGAAGCAUGUUAGGAAUAUUCUGGGUAUAUGGCUUUGGGGUGACUUUUGCAUCUUGGCCAAAAUAAUUCUUCAGUUUUAGGGGGCUGAAGAUGGAUGGGGUGAGGAAAACUCUGCCCAUUUCACAAGGCACUUGCUUUCCCAGUCCUGCAGCUGAGUUGCCUUCCUCAUUUUGGAGUGACCUUUCCAGCUCUCCCACCCUCCAGCAACUUAAUCUGCUGAUGUGGCAGGAGUCGCUGUGCCUUUUAUUAGAUGCUCAGAAUCACUGGACACCCUGUGACCUUUCUAUUCAGACAGCCCAAAAAUUUAAAUUAAAGAUAAAUAAAUUGGAAGGAUGGGAGAGGAACCUAUUUCCCCCUCCCCAAAUCACAGGUGACACUGGCUCUGGGCCUUCCAGUUUCUGAUGGGAGGAACCUGCAAAUAUCAAUACCUGCACCCUUCUCCAGGGAGCAUUAUCCAUCAUCUCAUAUAUCAGCUUCCCUACCUAUCGUACCUCUUCAAAAAGAUGUUCCAGCCAUGGUGGCUCAUCACCUCUGCCCUCUUGAUUCCACAUACAAAACACUGCUGAACCUUUUGUUACGUAAGUGUAACAGUAUAACUUCUAUUUUAAAAAAAAAAUAUUCAACAUAUGUCACAAUAUGUAAUUCCAUAGACCAAAUUAUCAUAUGAGCGGAACAUAUUCUGAGAGAUUAAAGACCAGCGGAUUGAUCAGGAGAUAAUCUAUAUAUUAGCAAUAACCACGAUGUGGAAUGCUUAUAUCAAUCACACUGUGCUUUUGAGAAUUCUAACAUUCCAUGUAAGUAGGUAUCAGGUGAAAAACUUGAAAGUAUGGCACAUGGACAAGUUUUUCAUCUGAUACCUACUUACAAGGAACGCUAGAAUUCUCAAAAGCAUCAAAACGUGGAACACUACAAGAUUAUUACAUGCAGCCUGCUACGUCGUGUGUGUCGUAACCACUUUUGAUUCCACAAUCAAUGCAUUUAAACUUGGGAUGCAGCUCUUUCUGCUAGCUGCCUAACACACCAACAAGGAGACAUAUAUCACACAUCUUUAAAUUCCAGCCCUGGGAGGAGAGCAAGGAGCAUUCGUGCAACACACCUACACACUGCUGCCAACACACUAAUGUGUUGCGACACACCGUUUGGAAAACUCUGCUCUAAGGCAAGCUCACAAGUAGACCCCACAUGCUCCAUGGAAGUACACCUGGCCAUUCCUAGUUUCGAAGAGGGGCCAUUUGGGAGACUCAGUAACUCUCUCUGGAUGCUGAACAUCUUCCAGACUGGCAUAAGGCGCUGGAUGGGUUUAGCUCAGCUAACAGUACCUACCAACCAAUACCACUAAUGUGCUACUUGCUUUGCAGCGUUCAAACUUCCAGCACCAUCUCCUGUGUAACUUGGCAAUGUUGGCAGAAUAUUACUUAAAUUCAGAAUGCACACAACCAACCUCAGUAAAGCAAGGUGUAAGAAAGAGGUGAACUUCACACCACCACAAUCUCCAAGUAGUGCAAGAUUCCAGAGUUCGGUUUCCUUGGAAUAAGGCACCGCGGAGACCGUAGUGUCUUUAUAAUAUAUGGCUUAUUUACGCAUAUAUACAACCUGAGCCUACAAUGGAGGAGCUCGCAGCAUUAACACUACGGGAGUGUAUUGUUCCUCCUAUAAAGGUACAGGUGUCCUGUCUCUCUUUUGCAUCUGGUUACCCCUAACCUUUAGUGGUUCCCACCUGUACUAUCACGUGGAAGAAAGUCAUCCUGAUAUGGCAGGGAACUCGCAUUCACUUAGUAGAAACUGUGUAUAGCUUGAAACUGGGCGAGCUGCUCUUUGAAAGUCUCCUAGGUCUACAUGGCACUCUCACUGCCCUUUGCAGUUGCUAUAAAAAGGUCUCCCCUUUGCCAUUUGGAGUUAUGUUCUGCCAGCACAGCAGCCUGUUAAGAGUUGUUUCUCAGUUUUAAGAAGAGACAGGCCCAGUGUAAGUGAAGGUAUAAUAUUUACUGGGGUUUGCUGGUACAGAGGCUUGGCACAGGGGUGGUCUUUGGUAAUAUUGGCGCCUGCCCUGCCAAUAUUUCUUAUUUUCACAAAAAAUCAAUUUGGUACAGGUACAGUUGCAUUAUUGUGGAUCUUCUCAACAGAAUCAUAGAAUUGUAGAAUUGGAAGGGACCCUGCGGAUCAUCUAGUCCAACCCCAGGCAAUGCUGGGCAAAGUCCAACCCAGCUGUCCCUACUGGGAUCGAAACUACAGCCUUGGCAUGAUUAGCACCAUGCUCUAACCCAGCGGUCCUCAACCUUGGACCUCCAGAUGUUUUGAGGCUACAAUUCCCAUCAUCCCUGACCACUGGACCUGCUAGCUAGGGAUCAUGGGAGUUGUAGGCCAAAAACAUCUGGAGGCCCAAGGUUGAGGACCACUGCUCUAACCAACUGAGCUAUCCAGUUUUUAUUCUUUUGUGCCCCUUCGGCUUGGCUUCCUGUGUGGGGGAACACCCUGCAUCGUCCUAAACCUGGUGCUACUUGGAACUACUGAGAAUACCCUAUUCUCCUCUGAGGAGCAGACAACUUUCACCAUGUGUUGUCUCACAUAAUAAUGACACAACUCGCCAUGCCUGCAGUGAACUCAGCUACAAGGUGACACUUAUUUGGCAAGUGCGAACAUUGAUGUAAGUGUGAACAAAGCCAAGAAGAUAAAAUUUGGCUCCUGCUAGACUCCUCCACUAUUUCCAUGGUGGAAAAGAAAUAGAAAACAUUUCUUUAAAAAACUGAAAGCCAUGAUGGGAGAGACACAAAGGUACAAACAGAAACUAAGAUUAGACAGACACCUCUAGGCUUUUUUAAAAAAAUAAAAA